AUGUUUUCAGGAUCAAUAUAACUUUUUAGGGAUCUAAUUAAAAACUUGAAUUCAGAUUAUAUCUUAAAUAUAAGAGUUUCUGAAGAAUAUAAAUGUGACUCAAAUGAAAAAGGUCUAAACUACUUAAUUCCUAGCUCAAAUAUAGAAUAAUCUGAGAAAAUAAAGCUUGUGUAAUUAUGCUAUCUAAUUUAUUAAAGAGCAAUUUACGAUAAUAGUUAAUUCAAUAACAGUAUUAGAGAUAUUCAACAUUGCACUUAUAAAGGUACUACAACAUAAUCUUAUUAAGGAAUAUGCCCAAUUUCAGAUUUGAUACUAUCUGAUAAAGAGCUAGUGGAAGGCUAUGAGAGGAUUUCUAAUUUUAAAUUACAUAAUAUGUUUAUGUUCAUUAAAAGAGAAGACCCAAACUAGUCUCCAUUAGUUAGUAUGAAAAUUAUAAACCAAAAUUCAAAAGAUACUGAAGAUCAUUUUAUUAGACCUACAAAUAUGUAUUUUAAAAUGGAUAGUUCCAAUAGACUAGAGAUGCAAAUAUAAUCGUGA